AUGGCCGAGAAGUACAUCAUCGAUUCAUCGACCAAGCUAAUGGCCGACGGGGCUAACUACCGUGAGUGGUGCGUGAAGACACGCGCCAAGAUCAACCAACAACGUCUCGGGAAGUGCUUGAAGCCUUGUACUGCCAGCAAUGGCAAGUACCUCGAGGGCUUCACCGAUGAAGACGAUCUCGUCGCGCUGUCAUAUAUCCAACUCACGAUCCACUCGGACCACCUGAAAUUCGUCCAAGCGGCAACCACGACGUGCGGCACGUGGGAAGCCCUUCGUGACAUCUACGAGAGUGCGUCAGAAGUGAACUUGGUGACCCUCCAGCUCCAAAUGAGCAAGUUGGAAUGGAGCGAACGUCUGGGACUGGAAACGUUCACCGACCAGUUUGAAGAAUUCGAGAAGGCAUGGAUGGACACGCGUGUGUGGGAGAUGUACUUGACUGAUCUGCUCAAGUACGAGAUCGAAGGUCCCUCAGUUAUUGUGGCCGACAACUUGGAUUUGUACUCGAGCCCUUGCCCAAGAGCUCCACCAGUGUCUGCCAACCUUUGGAUGUGGGUGUGA